GGCUGCAGGGGGGGUGAGGGGUGUUGUGCCGGCUGCCACUGGGCUAAAGCCGCCGUCGCCGCAGGCAUCUAGAAAGUUCCGGCUCGUCCGUCCCGUUCCCCCACCCCCUGCUGCCCCGACCCUCUCCCCGCCGUCCUCCUGCCCGUCCUAUAAAUGCGGGCGGCAGCGCCCGACGUGCGGCGGAGCGGAGGCGCCGAGGGCACGGCCGGUACGAGGUCAUGCUGGGGGCUUUGCUGCUUUUCUGGGGGGUGUUGACCCUGGGCUGCCGGGGUGAGAAGGCUUUUCUCCGGCGUGCCGAUGACAGCAACGGCCGCUGCACCUACUCAUUCUCGGUAGCCAGCCCCGUCGAGGCCGCCUGCCCCGAUGCCGGUGGCGUGCUGGAGCUGCGGGCGGAGCUGGCUUCCCUUGCCGCCCGCCUGAGCCGGCUGGAGAGCUGGGAGCGGGGCAUGGGGAGCUCGGGGCCGCGGGGAAAGGAGGCGGGGGACGCAUGGGAUCCCCAGCAAACAGCUUCAGCCUCUCGACUGGAAGCUGCCUACAGCGAGUUGCUGCGGGCCAAGUCCCGGCUGGAGGAGGAGAAGGGGAGGCUGGAGAGGGAAAAAGAGGAGCUAGGCAGGCGGCUGGAGAGCAGCGCCCAGGAGAUCACACGGCUGCGGGCCAACCGCUGCCUCCCCGGCGGGGAGGGGCCCGGUCGCGACCCACCGCGGGCGCCUGGCAAAGCCCCCCGAUGGGACCCGCAGCCCCUCGCCUACCAGGAGCUGCAGUCGGAGAGGACCGAGGUGCCUGUGUCCCGGCUCCUGGAGGAGACCGGCCGCCCGGGAGGCGAGGACUCAGGCUGCGGCGAGCUGGUGUGGGUAGGGGAGCCGACCGUCUUCGGCCGGGCAGAGUCCAUCGCCGGAAAGUAUGGCGUGUGGAUGAAGGACCCCGAGCCCGUGCCCCCCUUCACCCGAGAGACCACCUGGCGCGUGGACGCGGUGGGCACGGAAGUCCGGCAGCUCUUCCAGUACGAGGCAGCCGAGCAACUGGCCCGCGGCUACCCCCGACAAGGUGCACAUCUUGCCGCGGCACCCUGGAGAGCACGGGGGCCGUCAUCUACCGCGGGGGGGUUCUUCUUCCAGCCGCGCCGCUCCCGAGCCGUGGUCCGCUACGACCUGCGGAAGAGGCUGUCACGGCCGAGGAGAGAGAUCCCCGGCGCUGGCUACCACGGGCAGUACCCUUACGCCUGGGGCGGCUACACUGACAUCGAUCUGGCGGUGGACGAGACGGGGCUCUGGGUGAUCUACAGCACGGAGAAGGCCAGAGGAGCCAUCGUCCUCUCCAAGCUGAAUCCCAAGACGCUGGACAUCCAGCAGACCUGGGAGACCAACAUCCGCAAGCGGGGGGUGGCCAACUCCUUUGUCAUCUGUGGCACUCUCUACACCGUCAGCAGCUACUCGGCACCCAAUGCUACCAUCAACUUCGCUUAUGACACAGCCACUGGUGCCAGCCGGGCCCUCAGCAUCCCCUUCCAGAAUCGCUUCCGCUACCUCAGCAUGGUGGACUACAACCCCACCGAGCGGCAGCUCUUUGCCUGGGACAGCUUCAACAUGGUCACCUACCCUGUGCGCCUCUCCCGUGCGUGAGCUGGGGCUGGGGACAUGCUGGCUCAGCCCCUGCCACUCCCAUCCGUGCCUUGGCAUCCUACUUUGCUCCUCAGCUCUCCCCAGCUUGGCCAGGAGUGCCCAGUGCACACGAUAGGGCCACCAACAUCUUCACGGGCACCUCCAUCAACAUCCUGUCAUGCUUGAGUGCAGCAGAGGGAGGUUAAGUGCUUCUCCAGAGCUUGGCCUAGCCAGUGCAACACCUCUCCACAGCUGCAGCAUGGUUUGGAUGUGCCAUGGUGGUACCCAGCCCUAUGCUGUGCUAGCAUACCCUGGGAGCACCCAGCAUAGCUAUCCUGAAGUUACAGUAGUGGC